CUCUGAUUUCACUCUCACUCACAGAACAGAACUCGUUCUCAGUCUCACUCUCACACAAGAACUCGUUCAACCAUGGAAGCUCACGAUUGCAAGCGAUUUCCACUGAUUUUUUCUCGCUUUCCACCGAUUUGAUCUCGUUUUGCAUCGAUUUGAUCUCGUUUUCCACCGAUUUCAACCUUCCCCGAUUUCACCGUUCGCUUCCAUUUCCGUGGCAACAACCACCGCACGCCGUCGUAGCAACAGCCUCCUCCGCCGUCGUUCUCUCUGUGAUUUUCUCAUGGAUGCAUCCCUCAGAGACUCAACAACCUCUAAUCCGUCGCAUGCUGCAUUCUCCGGUUAUCAUAUUUGUUGAUAACUCAGGCGCGGAUAUCAUUUUGGGUAUUUUGCCAUUUACGAGGGAGCUUCUUCGCUGUGGGGUUCAGGUUGUACUGGCUGCUAAUGACUUACCCUCCAUCAAUGAUGUGACUUACCCUGAGCUACUUGAAAUCAUAUCAAGGUUAAAGGAUAAAGAAGGAGGUCUCAUGGGUGUUAGCACUUCAAAUCUUGUAAUUGCCAACUCUGGAAAUGAUUUACCUGGCAUUGAUCUUAAUAAGGUGUCAGAGGAGAUUGCUUUCCAUGCAAAUGAUGCAGAUCUUUCCUUUUAACACUGCAAUUUUUUUGCAAGUAAGGUCUAUGCUUGUUCUUGAUAACUGGAGUAUUUGCUUACCUGCAUUCUUGAGGAUCUGAAGGAGCUUCCUUCGCAUGUGAGAAUUUGGUGAAAGAAUCCUCCACCCUUGACUCGGGUCAGAAACAGCUCAAUUUACACAAAAGAGCUGUCCAUAGACUUUCCGAGUUUGAAGAGAUCUGGGCAGUCAAGGUUUGAAAGGUCUCAUAAGCAAUCAGAUUAGUCUUUUGUCAGACUUGGUAAGCCUGUAAGUAUCAGCAGCAAAAUGUUCACAUAUUCUUAUCAUCUUUCCCACCAUGUGGCUUAUAUAUAUUUUUUAUGUCAACAUGUACUGAUAUAUACGGUUGGAAACAUGAUAUAAUUGGCUGAGGUCCAUAAAACUUCACCUUGUUUUGAAUUGCUCUGUUGUUGUUCAUGUGUUCUGUGAAACUGCAGUUAUUAUUAUGUUCAUUAAUUUUAGAAGUGUCUUGAUAAGCUUAUAUAGACAAUUAGCUUAUGAUAUUAUUCUAUUAUCCUAUUUCUUCUCUAGCUUAUCUUAUGGUUAAUAAGUAAACUCAACAAUUAAUGAGGUUAAAAAUGUCCCUAGAAUAAACUCUAGUAGUCAAGGAAGGUUUAAGGGAGGUUUAAAGCUGUAAAUAAUCUCUUGCAAUUAAGGGAGGUUGAAAACUCCCGUUAAAAAAAGCU